CAAGUGUGUAAUGACAGUAGCAAAGUAGUAUAAUUUAAAGUAUUUACAGUAACUGUCUAAAUUAAUUCUAUUUAAAUUGAGUAAUCAAUUAUAUGAACUGUCUAUAUAAGGAAGAUAGAGCAUUAAGUGCAAUUGAGUGAUAUUUAGUUGGAGCAACAGCAUGUAGUAUGUAUGUGCACGUGUCGGCAUCAUCCACAUGGUCUAAUCAAAGCUAACCUAUAAGCUUGAAAACUUAUGCCGUUACUAUUUAUGGUGUUAAGUUUGCAGCCGUAUUAUUGUAUUUUCAAUUUUGUGGAAAAUGCGAUCAAAAUUGUCUUACCCUUCUAAAGGGCAAAAUACGUCAAAGGACGAGUUAAAUUUAAUGGUAAAAAGGAUUGGUGGUGGCAGCAUUAUUGACCGUCGACCUUUAUUUUCUCACAACGGAGAGAUUCUUUAUGUCGUAUGGAAGCAAGUGAUUCGCGCAUUUAGUACACAGACUGGAGACUUUGUACGCGAAUUUGAAUCGAUAGAAGGAAAAAUUGCAGGGAUUGCUUCAUGUUCUCAUAGCUUAAGUACAAUAAUAGGAUGUUCCGAUAUUGGGGAACUUAUUUUUUGGAACUGCUACAAUGGUCUUAUUAUCAAGAGAUAUGCAUUAAAUAUUACUGAUGCUGAUAUUACAGUACGAACAUUUCACAUUUUGAAUUAUAAAACAGAGAAAGAUCUUGAUGUUAAGAAAGUGCUUGUGACUUAUGUGGUAAAAGCAUUUAAUAGGAUUCGUAUUGUUUUAUUUGAUUUGGAGACUGGAAUUCGUAUAGAGCAUACAAAUAUCUUAAAAACGGAUGAUAAUUAUUACGUUGAUAUAAUUGGUAAUCAGAAACAAAAUUUAAUAGCUCUUGCCCAAGGUCGCAAACUUCACAUAUUGAAUCCAGCCAAAAAACUAACAGGGACACUACAUAAGACAGGAAGACUGUUAACAUGUGUUGCUGGCCAUCCUGAGGAAGACUACGUAGCAACGGGUGAUUUCAGUGGUCGUGUUCUGGUAUGGAAAGAUGUACAGCAAAGCAAUCCAAUCCAGGGUACUUACCAUUGGCAUACGUUGCCAGUGACAGAAAUCGUUUUUAGUAUUUCCGGUGGACAUUUUUACACCGGUGGUGGAGAAUGUGUACUUGUUAAGUGGACUCUUACCAAUCCGCAGCAUAAAUCAUUUCUGCCUCGAUUACCAGCACCGAUCAAACAUUUAACAAUUGCUCCAGACAAUCAAUACGUAGCUAUUUCUACAUUAGAUAAUGGUAUAAUUGUGUCAAAUCCUCAACGAAAACUCUCAGCUGUAAUACAAAACUUUACAUGGGGUGUAGCACCAUGUCAUACAAAUUUAUUUCCUGCAGGACUUACUGUUGAUCCUAGGACAAAUAGUCUUGUUCUUAAUAGUCGGACAGGUCAUGUACAGUUUUAUAAUGUCCACACAAAAACUUUACUAUAUAAUGUUAAUAUAACUGGUCAGAAUUUAUUGAGUCAAGAAAGAAAUACUGUCAUUGUAAAUACAGAAGUGACAAAAAUUGCUUUGAAUCACGAUGGAACCUGGAUGGUCACUGCCGAGCAUCGUGAUGACAAAGUAUCCGCUGUCGAAGUUCGUUUGAAGUUUUGGCAAUUUGAUUUAGAAAAGCAAUUGUAUACACUGAACACAUCCAUUGAAUUACCUCAUGACAAUGGAGUAAACGCUCUACAGUUUCAACCAUUAAUGUCAUUCGACAAUGAAAAUUCGUUAGUAGUAACUACGGGUCAGGAUAAAAAAUUUAAACUGUGGACUUUAGCAGAAUCUUCAUCGAUAUACAAAAAGACAAGACACUGGCAGUGUCACAGUGUUGGUUUAUACAGAGACUUCAGUGCCACUGAUGCAGGUUUUUCCAUGGAUGGUUCUCUAUUGGGUGUUGGAUUUGGGUCAAGCUUAACUAUCUGGAUUCCUGAGACAAACGAAUUAAAGUGCAGCCUCACACACAGUCGCUACUCCGCAGCGAUCAAACGGAUAGAGUUUGGAAGAUACGAUGCCUGCCAUUUAGUUGUUGUUGGAUCAGCACAGUACAUAGCAGUAUGGAAUCUUUUGACUCUUUCAGUAAUAUGGAGCGUCCCAUUAAAACUUGCGACUCUUUGUUCAGAUCCGAAUUCCAUUUAUAUGGCAGCGUUCACAGCCGACGCUACACUUUAUGUAUUUACGCCGCAAUCGUCGCAACCUGUCUACACAAAAAGAAACGUCCUUCCUAGAGGCAAUUCAGUCCUAGGUUCUAGCUUCGUACCACAUCUGAGAGAGAAAUGUGAUAGUUGGUUAAAACAAUGGCAGCGAAAGUCUCAAUUGUUCUUCCUAGAUUCCAAUCAGGAGCUUCUGACACUAGAAUCAGAAGCCGAAGCCAAUGUGUCCUUGGAUAAUUUAUCCCUGCGAGGAAAUAUCUCUGCGACAGCCUUCAGUGCACUUAUAGCAUCCAAGAAAGUGUCCGACAGGGAAAAGGAAAGUCCUGUCAUACACGAAUAUCUUGGUAUACAAGGAAAAGGAGUAACAGAUGAGUUACUCAGCGUAUCGUCUCACACGUUACCGCCAAUAAGGAUGCUCAGUGCACCAUUUAUUCUUUCCCUGAUACCACAUGCCGGAAGCAACAAGCAGCUUGAAAACAAAUCCAGUGAAAACAUGGACGUCCCUGUUGAUUCUGGGAACGAGACCGACGACGACGAUGAUGACGUUCCUACCGUUCGAGAGCCUUCCCCAAGAAUUAUGAAUAACGAAGAAAACGACACGUCGACUUCUCAACAAUUAAUUAAUUAUGACUGGUCUUUUCUCUCGAUGAUACUUCCAAGUAAAGGCGAUGUCUGAACUUACGCAUCAAACAAAAUUGUAUAUGAUGCAACAACUGGUGAUGCCGUCUUUUGAGGUAAAUGGUAUCAACUGCGGGAUACUAUGUCUUACAAAUUUCAUUUUACUCAACUACUGGACAGAAACAAACAUUUUAUUUUUAUUUAGUUCAUUAUUGACUUGUGGCAAUGAAUACAAGGAUGAUAAUUUCAGUGUCGCACUGUAAUAACAUUGUAAUAAGGUUAUUAUGCUAGAACUUUAUGUAUGUACAGUAGAUAAAUAUAUAAUUUUUCUUAAAAUGGCCGUGGAAUCUUAUCAAGCGUUCCGGAUAGAUCCACAAGCUUGUUUAAAACUGUAUCAGUGCCGUCUGUAUACGCGUAUUUAGCGUAGAUACUCGAGUCGCUAAAAAUUUGCUUCAAGACAACAACUUCCAGUAAUAUCGUUAGAAGGUUGGUGGUGCUACUUCAAUGUCAUUGGAGGAUAAAUAUUUUUUCAACAUAUUAACAUAGCAUUGUACAAUCCGUUUCUCAUUUUGACGACAAAAUUCGUUUUCUGUGCUGAGAUAGAGAAAUUGCAUGACGUCAUGGGCAGGUGGAUAAUAUCGAAUGACAGAAAAGACAAAUCUUAUCCUUUGGAUUAAUUUAAGAGUCUUGCAUUAAAUUUUGAAAAAGUAUUAAUAUUACAGGUGCGAAUACGAUUUUAAAUCUGAUGGUUAACGCGAUCUAAAGUCUAUAGUAUAUCCACACGAGUACAGAGCGAUAACAUUAAUAGCAUCAAAACAUCAAAAAUCAUCAAAAUUUAUUGUGUUGUAGGAAGUCUACACAGUGAAAUCUGUUUGCACUGGUAAAACCCAAACAAAGCCUUGAUGUAUAUUGAGAUAUUUUAAUAAGAUUAAGGUAUAUUAAUUUUAAUUCUUAAUUAUCAGCGAACUUUCGUAUACCUAAAUAGCCUCAAACUCUUAGUUAUAGGGAUACCGAUUAAAAGUUUUUUUAAAAACGGUA